CAGGAGGAAGGUGGCUCAGACCCAGUAGCACCAUGACGGAGCUCGAGACAGCCAUGGGCAUGAUCAUUGAUGUCUUUGCCCGGUAUGCGGGCGCCGAGGGUGACCCCCAGAGCCUGACCAAGGGUGAGCUGAAGGUGCUGAUGGAGAAGGAGCUCCCGGGCUUCCUGCAGAGCGGGAAGGACAGGGAUGCCGUGGACAAACUGCUCAGGGACCUGGACGCCAACGGAGACGCCGAGGUGGACUUCAACGAGUUUGUGGUGUUCGUGGCUGCGCUUACAUCCGCCUGCCACAAGUACUUCGUGCAGGCAGCGCCCAAAUGAUGCCCACGGGCAUGGGGCAGCAGGUGGUGGGCAUGGCGGCCCGCUCUCAGGCGCACCUGCUGCUGUGCCUCUGAGCAGCGCAUGUGGGGGGCAUAGGCCAGUUCCCUGCAACACCCAGUC